AGAUGGCGCUCGUCGCCCGUGUUUCCAGUAGCAGGAUAAGUGUCAGGCCAGUCAGGGCGAAUCCCCAUUAAUCUUCUCGUGUCAUCAAUGUUUUACGAGCCCAGUUCUAUAGCAGGAUGAGCUGAGGUGCAGGGUUUGGUGCUCCCUCUUUGAAUGCUCUUUGUGAGAAGAGCAAGUCUGGAAAAAAGGGGCUAAAAACUUACAGAUUCUGCAUUUGAGAAAAAGUUACAAUUUCUAUAAGCAUCACCAUGGAGUCCAAUCACUUCUUUUAUGAGCAAACUCGCUUCAGGGCUUUCCCUAAGCGUUUCAAGAAAAUGCCUGAGGAUCUCCCGGAUAGCCUUAAGUUUGCUCAUCUGAAUCCUAAGGUUGCUGCUUACCUUGCCAGUAAGGAGAAGCAGAAACACGAGGAAGACAUGUUUGGUGAUGGACUCGGCAAGAAAAGUUUAAUGCCAGAGAUUAGUCAGGCAUUCAAUGCAGUAAAGAACCGCCUAGAUUCUUCCCUGUCCAAUGAUGAGGACUCCCAGCGUUAUCUAUUUGAGGAGGCUCGAGUCAGUGCGGGGACCAUCCUCAUGCAGCUCAGCCGCAUCAUCUACUACUACGACAACAUCGCUGGACACAUUCCAAAGUCUCUGGAGUAUCAGAUGAUGUCCAGCUUUACCGAGCUGACCGCUGAUGUCCAGCUGGUCCCUCGAGAGUGGCAGACUACGGCCAUGAAGGAAGCGUACCUCCGUCGCCUUACCGAGGCCCAGAGUGAUGAUGAUCAGGAAAAGGUGGCGGCUAGUGUAAUGGAAGAUGGCCGCUCUUCACGGGCACAGUCAGCUGCCUCAGACUCUGGUAAGAACAACAAGAAACGUUUACUGGCCAAAGGCACGGCUGGUCUGCCCGAGAUAGUGGAAGACAGCGAGGGAAUCGCGGAGUCAAUGCGUCACUUGGCCAAACGCAGUGACAGUCGUAUGUCGAUAGCAUCUCGGAGGAGUAGGACUGACCGCAACAAAAGUAUUGAUAUGAAAGGUCCCGGUUCAGUGACGGGCAAAUCCCCGGCCACAAAGCGCGGGUUUCACGACUACGACUUCAUGUCGGCGCUCACCGAGACACCGUCCGACACCAGAUCCACAGCGAUGGCCAACCCGUCCUACUACAUGUCUGUGAUACAGUUCCAGCUGUCCUCCAAGGCCUGCGAGGAGAAAGGUUGGAUAGUGCAGAAAGGCCGAGAGGAAGAGCUAGCCAAAGAGGCAAUCAUGGAAUGGUGUCUACAGCUGCUCCUACAGUCUCUUAAAGACAUAAAAGAGCAGCGAACCCAUGAGAUUGAGAUGGGGUACAACAACCCUGUUGUUGUCCGUUACUAUGGUGACACGAGGAAAGAGACCCUUCUGAAGUACCGUAAAUCUCCGGUGAGGACGAGCCAGAAUGCCUCAAUGAACAGCAUGAAGGGUCUGAAGCCACGCAUACCGCAUAUGUACGACGACUCGAAUGAGGGGAAGCAACUCAUGAAGACAUGUCACAUCGACGGCACAAUGGUUGCAUAUUACCCAUCAGGUCGGCCAGCGGUCGUUGCGUCUGCUGCAGGUUUUGGACGUCCAGGCUACUACACUAUCGUGUAUGACGACGAUCCUGAUAUGAGGAUGUUGGCGACCUUCACUCCAAGUGGUCGGGGGGUCUGCUAUCACAUGAACGGGAACAUCAGGUUCCUUUCUACUCACAAGGGAGGACACAUCGCUAACAGAGAAGGCCGCAUCAUCCGUCACUGGAAGUGGCCCCAGGCCCAGGUUAAGCUUACAUCUCCUGUCAGCUUUCAGAUGAACCAACACCUGGGCUUCCGCUGUGUCUCCGAGAAUUACAUCAUCAUCCUGUUCUCCUGCCAGAAGGAGUCGACUCGGUUCUUUGUCAGCGCCACCCCAGGGGCCUGUGAUGUGAAGCCUGAUGAAAAUGAUCAGCUGCUCACAACCUUCACAUUCUCAUCAAAAGCAGCGAAAGAUCUACUGAGAUUGUUUGCUCCAAAAACGAAAUCAAAAUCAAAGCGGAAAAAGCAAGAAAAGAUGACCAAACAGCUGGCAGAGCUUGUGCGGUCCGUGGACAACCAGGAGAAACUUAUCUAUGAUUUGGAAUCUGACAAGGAGCUGGCCAGGCUUCAGAGAAAGGCCAGAAACCUAGUAGAUGACUGGCUAGAGCACUAUCGAGUUACAAUCGGCCUCAAGUCACCAACUCUGCUACAUAUUGGCGAUUCGCCCCGCAAGUCUCGAAUGGGUGCUUACUCCGCUAAGACAACAGAUGGGAGAGAGGACCGGCGCAGCACACUUGGCAUCAGUGCACAGGAUUCUGUUGUUGGAACUGCCCGUGUGCCUUCAGCGCCCUCACGAGCGUCCGUAAUGAAGCAGAGAAGUGGCAGUGCUGGGUCUGAUGCUACCUCUCCAAACAGGAACACGGGCUCACCAACAGUCAAAUUUGAUCAGCGAGUAGAGGGAGUCGAUAUUGAAAUUGAUCUGGAAGAAGUGGAAGACGGACGCCCUUUCACAUCCACAUUGAGUGACAAACUGUCUCGAUUCUCUGAAUCCACCCUGAGGAGCAAGUCAGCCAGUAGUCCCACAAAGUCUGUGUCCCGACAACCCACAGCUGUCUCAUUACCUGAACGAGAAAAUCUCUCGGCAAAUCUCAACAACUGUCCUCAAGCUCUGCGCAUGCAGAUGCUGUCUGACGCGAGGCCCCAGUGUCGGUGCAGCAGACACAGCAUCCCAUACAUCACGGACGUAGAGUACGAGCGCUACGUGGCCGAGGCCGCCCCACGGAAUCAAUUACAGAUCAUUGUGGUGGUCUCCUCACUCUACCCUCAGACCAACCAUGCAGAGAUGAUGCUCAACCAGAUCCAUCAGAACCAAAACCGUAACCGCACCAGACCGUGCAUGCAGUGUCGGUCCGACAUGUUCCGAAUCCUCAAAUACGACAUCAACACGGCCAUGGAGGGCUCCGACCACACUCAGCCUCUACUGCUCACGAGACACAACGUCGUGCCGGGAAUGUUUCUGAUUUAUGCAGAUGGGCGGCUCUUGUUCUGUGAUCACAUCUUCAAUGGCUAUGGAAACACAAGGAAAGACUUCAAAAAGCAAGUGAUGAAGUCAAAGUUAGAUUUUAUUCAUGGUUUCUCCCUUCCAAAAGACUUUAGGUUCAGCCCUUCCCAAGGUACUCAUGGUCCAAGGUCACCCUGGGGUGGAGAAAUUGGUGGAGCCGGUGUUGACCACUUUGGUAGUCCAGGCACCGCACUGACCAGAAGUCUCACUGACCUGGGUGCUCGGGACAGCCUCACAGACAGACAGAUGGAGAGCCUCAGAGUGGCUUGGGAAAUGUUAGGGCAGAUGUUAGACUUACAAGAAGUAACUGCGCAGGAGAGUUCUCGGAUACCAGAAUUGCCUCCCAUCUUAGUUCCCUCCUCCAAGAAGCCUGGACAUGGCGCGGGUGCUCAGUAUGACGCUAUCCGGCACAGCUACGGAGCCCCACCCCCCAACAGGUCCCGCGGACUCCCGCGACAUGGAGCAGCUCGUCCCGGCCUGGCCACAUCCAAGACCUCACUACAAACCAUUAGCCUCCGAAACAAUCAGCUGACCCUUGCCUGAGACCUUGCCAUAGUCACAACAAUCAGUUGCGCUUUUUUUUUCUUUUACAGGAGAAGGGCGCUUGCUUGUAUGUUUAAUGCUGUUAUGGCGUUUAAAUGAGCCACAAGUAUCUAAAAGUGUCACUCAUGAAAACGCCUUCUGGUACUCAUAGACUCGCUGAAAGAGAUCGAUAGACGCGAGGGAAAAAAUUACGGGAUUUUCACAAUUUGAGGGAAAUUGUGCCGUAACUGUUGAAGAUAUGUGAAUAUUUUAUUCGUUGAAGCAUACUUUUCCGUUUGUCAAAAUUGUUUGCUUUUAUAUUGAUGGGAAAACUGUUGUUGCCUAAAUUAUGAAAUGGGGCAAAAAUAUGUUGUGUUUGUGUAUCUUUUGUCUUUAACCCAAUUGCACGCAACACCAUUGUCAUAACUAGGGCGUAAGAUAUUUAUUCUAAAUGUAUUGAGCUCUGUUACUGUUACUGUGUGACCACAUGAAGAUGCUAUUUGAUAAGCUCAGGUUUCGUUCAGAUUGUUCGAGGUAGGCUAAAUUCUGAGAUAUACCAGUGAUAACUUGCCUUGCAAUAUAUUAUACUGUCUGAAAAUUCUCUGAAAACUUCCAAAUUAGUUUUGGGUGGGACUACAACCGAUCAAAGUUUGGGAAUGGUUUAAAGUAGUUGAUUCCUUUCCUGUUAGUUUCAUGUUGCUGACAAAAAUAAUGUUUGCAAAGGUUGAAGUUGCUGUUAUUUUUCUGAAAGAUGCAAAUGAGUCUGCGAUAUAGAUUGUAAAAAUUCAAAAUGAAGAAGCCAAAAAUGAUAAAUUAAUGACAUGAAGUCUUUGAGGUUCCUGGUUGUCAUAUCUGUGAUAGCAUGCUAAUGUUCUGCACAUUUCUACCAGACCUGGGGCUGUGUAAAGGACUACCUCAGCAUUAUUAGAUUCAGACAAAAUAAUUCGUCUCCUUAUUUGCAUGCAUGUAUACACAGAAGUUGAUGCAAAAUUGAUGGCUUUUGAGCGGAUUUAAUAUAUUUCUAGUGGUUCAUUAUCUGGAAAGGUUUUGCAAUAUAUAUCAAUUAUUUGUACUUUGACUUAAAAGGAGAUUGACUUACAAGUAUACUGUCCUGGUGCCUCUGGAAUUAUUUUAUGACAGACGUGUUUAGGACAGUAUCAUCUUGCUUUUGACUUCAGGGCAGUGGAAUGCCUGCUUCGAAAAAGAGACAAUACAGUAUUAUUUAUUCUUCGUUUUUUAAAUCACAUCAUUAACAUUUUAAGAUGGAAUGAGAUAUGCUAUGUUGUCUGUACCGUGCUGCAGCUUGGUAAUGAACUCAAUGUGUUACAAGCUAUGCCUGUUGUCAGCAUAGUGUGCUGUGUAGAAUGUAACUGCCCAGCGUAAUCAAACUGAAAUGGGGUUUAUUUAACGUAAGGUUCAAUAGACAUUAUUCAGAAUUUGUUUAUAACCUCAAGUUAAUCGUUUUCAGCUUUGAAGUUGUUACUUGAUCAUUUUUAACUUGCCUUACUGCGCUUGUUGACAUUUUGUAGCUGUGGACAAGUUGUUUGCCUGAAUAAAGCAAUAAUUAAUCUCUUAUAUUUUUUAUAAAUAAACUGUUGCAUCAU